CAGCCAUAAUUGUGGCUGCUACUAGAGUUAUUGGCAAUGGUACCGGUAAUAUUGAGAAUGGCAAAUUGCCAGUUAUUGGCAGUUAAAAAGUUGGCUAUUGCCAGUGAUCACAAUUUAAUCUUCAAGACCAAAUUAAAGCACAAUACAGUAAUUAAAAUUAGAGCCAGUAGUCGAACAAAUGAAUCCACUGUAAUAAUUAAUUGCCAAAAUUAUAUACAUUCCUUACAUCAUUACAGGUAUUGAAACUAAUGUUGACGGCAUUGAAGAGGUCAAUACAUUUGAGAGGCCUGCUUUAAAAAUAGAUGCAACUAAUCCCCUAGAUUCAACAAAGAACAGGAUUAUUGAUGUAUCAAAAAUUGACACGAAUGCAAUGAGAACUAUCAAAGAGCUCCUCCAAGAAGAAAAAAUUUCAAAAGAUAUCAACAUACUAGUAAUUGGAAGAACAGGUCAAGGAAAGUCUGCACUAGUCAAUAGCCUCAUUGAGCUGGGAGAAGAAAUUGUGGCUGAGGGAGCACUUACUGGCUGCUGUACAACAACAUCACAGUCUUACACCUACCCAAACAUCAUUCCUGGUGUUAGUGUCACAAUAAUUGACACUCCUGGUCUACAAGAUAAUCAAGACAAAGAGCAUAAAUACAUUCAAGAAAUGAAGAAUGAGUGUAGUGAGAUCAGUUUGGUCCUCUACUGCAUGAAGAUGACAAAUCAUAAAUUCACAAAUGAUGACAAAGUUGCCAUAAAGAAGUUCCAUCACGUGUUUGGUCAAAAAUUUUGGGAGAGAGUGGUGUUUGUCCUUACCUUAGCAAAUAGCGAGUUCCUAAAAAAAUGGGAUGACAGAGAUCAAGACGAUAAAAGCAGAGAACCUAAAAAAAAUGAAACAGGUGCUUGGGAAAGGUUAAAGAAAGAACGACUGACUGGUAGAGUUCAACAUCGUAAGGAACAAUUAAAUACAUUUGUCACUGAACUCCUACAAUUGAAACAUAAGUCAGAGCAGAGUCAAGAUGUAGCCCAGACUAUAACAUUUGAAGCUCUUCCAGCUGGAUAUUAUGACCCUGAAUAUGAUAAUAAUCUUCGUGGCAUCAACUGGCAGCGUGAUCUUAUUGCUUUUUGUUGCAAAACAAUAAAACAUAAGCAUAAAUUAUCAAAAUUAAAAAUGAACAAAAAGAUUGCUUUAGCUGUUAUUAUUGACAAUCAUGGAGAUGCCAAGGUGGAGAAUGUUGAAGCUGCAGCUCUCACAAAAGCUUUUGAAAAUCUUGAGUUUGCUGUUCUUUACUUCAACAGCCUCUCCUCAAAAUCAAUAGCUACUUUGCUUGAAGCAAUAAGCAAAGCUGAUUAUUCACAAUUAUUGAUGAUAACUCUAGUAUUUUUUAGUAAAGGGAAGACACCUGAGCUUUAUGAUGCUGAUGGUGUGGUGGUGCCUUACGAAGAUGUGUUUUGCCACUUUCAAAAAAGACGCCCAAUACCAGUUAUAUUCUUUUUUGAUUCAGCAAGUAAUGAUGAUGAGAUACAUCUACAAAAAGACAUUGAUUCCACACUUGAUGAUGCAAAUGAAAGUCAUUCGACAGUAGCUGAUACACAGAAUGACAAUGAUUUCAAUUUGCCACUACGUAUUUGCCCCCAAAAUUCUUUAGUUCUUGUGGCUAGACACAAUUCAGCAUCAUCUCCUGUAGUGAAAGAGUUCACAGAAAAGCUGAGCCACACCAGUGUCCAAGAAUGCUUUGAAACAAUAUGUGCUAAUAAUAAUAGCACUACUGUGAAAAGCAUAUGGCAUGACACUGUUGGGGAUAACUUAUUUAUUGUCAAAUCAAUCAAUGACAGUGUUGAGACUCUUGAACAAAAACUGGAAGUAUAUCAUUCAAUAUGGUACCCAAUUCGUUGCAAGACAAUAGACAGGAUUGAAGAAAGCAAAGAAGAAAUCAUGAGAAUAGUAAAUAGAGAAAGGGAAGCUCGAUUAGCAACUACUGUUUCUGGCAUGGUAGCAAGUAGUGGUCUAGUUAUUACUGGAAUAGCUCUAGCUCCAAUCACGUUUGGUGGGUCUCUUGCUAUAUCUGCACUAGGUGGUGUUGUGGGGGCGGCUAUGGCUGGUGCAGGGAUUGGUGCUUCCAUUGUUGCAAAAGUUCGUAAUAACAAAAAAUUAAAGAAAGCACAAGAGCAUAUCUACCUUGAUCAACAGAUUAGCUUGAUGAUUAAUGAAGAUGCUUAUAAAUAUAAUAAAAAAAUGCCACAACAUAUGUCUCAUGUACCAAAGUCUGCUGCAACAAGUGCUUUACAAGGCGGAGCAGCUAUUGGUCGAGGUGCAGCUGCAGGUGUUGCAAUAGGUCUAGAGGGUGCAGUAGAAGCAGCUGCAGCUGCCUUUCGUGUUACUGGUCGUGUUGCUGGAGCAGCUUUAGCUGGGGCCUCAUUAGCUGUAACAAUACCAAUCGAUAUUGGUAUGGUUGCAUAUCAUAGCUAUCACAUUCACAAAUCAAAAAAGGAUCCAACAGGGAAGAAUGCCAGUAGUGAAGCAGUGAAGAUAUUAUAUAACCAAUUAGAAACAUUAUUCAAAGGUAUGUGUCAUGCAAUCAAUGAAGUUGAGCGUGAAGUUCAAUCAGAGACAAAUGUUCUUAAAGAUGAUGAGUAUGGUUAUGAAAUUCAUGUGCCAGUAAAAGAAAAUAAAAAGCUGGCAGUCACAGUUCGCACUCUCUUCUCUGGUCCAUUUGUCUAUCCUCAUGGGUAUACUCUUGUAAGUGCUGUAUAUGAUAUCACAAUGCCAGAGCUACCUCAACCAGCAACCAUUAAGCUGGAGCAUUGUGUUGAUGAAUCUGAUCAGACUAGAUCAGAUUUGUGCUUUGCUAUUGGCAGCGUUGACUUGAAGGAAAAAAAGAUAAUUUUUGAAAAAGUGGAUCAAGAGUGUGAAUCAAUUCAACGGACAAGCAGUUGUCUCUUAUGCAUAUUGUACAGGAGAGCAAUGUACAUGCAAGACAAAACUUCAGUCAAUUAUGUUGCUCAAUGUUUUUAUGAGAAAAAGUACAAGAACUUUUGGACUCUGAAUAUUGUUUUUACAAAGUUCCUUUAUGCUAACUUGAAGUAUGUUCAAAGUAGAUUUAGUCUUCAAGGCUCAUACUUUCCAUUUGUUUUUGAUUCUUCUGUGCUUUCUCUUGAUCUAACUUGCUUUAAAGUUACAAAUGAGUUCUCAGGCUGGAUCAUAUCACCAAAUGAUAGUGAAGAAAUGCCAGACACAAUAUCGAUACAAGAAAUCGACACUGCUGAAUUGAGGGAAGGGAGUGCCAAAGUGCUAAAAAAUGCAUUUCCCUCCAUCAGUUUGUAUGUCUACAUUUUAAAUGAAGAAACUGCUGCUAAGGACAUAGAUGAACCAUUUAAAAUUGGAGGAACAAGCUUAAGCAUUAAUAUUAAGCAACACAAAGAAUAGACUUGAUUUUUAAAA